AUGUUCGUUAUCAGUCCAAUGAGCAACAUUGGCUCUCUGGAGAAGCGAGAUAUCUUCUUGCAACACAUUUCGGACAUUGCAGACACGACCAUCGCGACAGAGCUGGACGUCCUUGCAUAUGCGUGGUUCUGCAGUGCUGACGACAACACGGCCGUCCCGCGCCAGUGGGUCCGUGGCUUCGAGGUCUACAAGACACUGGAAAGCAGCACCGUUCAGCACAGGAGCAGUGACGCGUACAAGCGCUUCCGCGCUGCUGUUGGCAGCGAGUCCUUACUCGACAGGCCGAGCGACCUGCGGUACAUGAGACCAUUGGAUAUCGGCUUCCUCACGCGCCCCGGGGUUGCAACUAUCUAUCAGGGUCAGAAACACUACGAAACUGCCGUCCAGAGCUUCUGGGCACUAGAAUUUGUCGAGGAAGCAAAUGACCCGACUGUACUGCUCUUUCAACGGUAUGAAUCAAAGGAAGAGUACGAGAGCGCACUAAAGGAAUCAGCGGUGUUACAGCAAUAUAGGUAA